UCCGGGCGGCUCCGGGGCGCGCCGCAUAAAUAGCAGCGGCGGCUGCAGCAGCGGCCACCCCGGGCGGCGGACACGUGGAGGGACCCGGCCCGCGCCUCCCGCCCCUGCCGCCGGCCGCGCCAGGCGGUGAGCGCCCCAGGCAGCCAGAGCCCACCCCACCCGGCCCGACGCCAGGACCGGCUGCCCGGACCCGCCGCCCAGACCCGCCGCCGCCCCGGGACCCCGACGCCCCGGCCCAGGGCGCAGCCGUAGCUCAAGAUGGCCCGAGGCAGCGCCCUCCUGCUCGCCUCCCUCCUCCUGGCCGCUGCCCUUUCUGCCUCUGCGGGGCUCUGGUCGCCGGCCAAGGAAAAACGAGGCUGGACCCUGAACAGCGCGGGCUACCUGCUGGGCCCACAUGCCGUUGGCAACCACAGGUCAUUCAGCGACAAGAAUGGCCUCACCAGCAAGCGGGAGCUGCAGCCCCAAGACGAAGUGAAGCCAGGAAGCUUUGACAGGUCCAUGCCUGAGAACAAUAUCAUGCGCACAAUCAUUGAGUUUCUGUCUUUCUUGCAUCUCAAAGAGGCUGGGGCCUUCGACCGCCUCCCGGAUCUCCCCGCUGCAGCCUCCUCAGAAGACAUCGAGCGGUCCUGAGAGCCUCCUGGGCGUCUUUGUCUGUGCUUGCAAUCUAAAGUCAAACCUUAAGAUGAUGGAUAAUCUUAGGCCAAUUUACACAGAGUCGGCUCUUCCUGUUCUCUUUGCCUUGAUGUUGUGUUGUCACAAUUUAAGAAUUUUUUUUUUUUGGUAAUUAUUUUAUUUUGAGUGACAAAAUAAAGAAUAGCAAUUA